CACCGCGGUAGUAGUAGCAAAGCGCCUUGGGUUUCGCUCUUUCGCGUUCGCCGACUUACUUUAGAGGGCAAAAAGGUCUUUGUUGCUUAUCGUUAACCAUGAAGAGUUUUUCAGUUCAAGGAAUGAAGAGGCACCCGUCCCUCAUUCCACUGGUCGUAAUCGUUGGCGUCGGGAUGGCGGGAGCAGUUUUCUACACAGCCCGCCUCGCCCUGAGGAACCCGGACGUCAGCUGGAACAAGAAGAGCAAUGCUGAACCGUGGCAGGAGUUCAAGGACAAACAGUACAAGUUCUGGACCUCUCAAGACUACAGCACCUUGCCAAAGAGCGAGCGGCCCGAGUUCUAAGCUGAUCCCUUCCAUAUUCACCCAUGUAUAGGUUGGUUUUGCAAUAGGCUGACAUAAGGCACGAAUAAAGAGUGCUUUCGUGGCAAACCA